AGCGGUUCUAUGCGCGUUCACGUCAGUGGAGGAGACGAGAGGACAGAAGGCGGCAGAGAGACAAAUAAAACCCAAUUAACCGAUUAUUACGGAAACCGACACAAUACAUUUUGCCGAGAUGUCAGAGGAAAAGCCAAAGGAGGGAGUCAAGACUGAGAAUGACCACAUCAACCUCAAGGUUGCAGGGCAAGAUGGAUCAGUGGUCCAGUUCAAAAUCAAAAGGCACACACCACUCAGCAAACUAAUGAAGGCGUACUGUGAACGACAGGGUCUCUCAAUAAGGCAGAUCAGGUUCAGGUUUGAUGGCCAGCCUAUCAAUGAGACGGACACACCUGCACAGCUGGAGAUGGAAGAUGAAGACACCAUAGAUGUUUUCCAGCAGCAGACGGGUGGGCUCUGCUAAAUCCUCCAUCAAUGGCGGCCACCCUCAGACCACGCCCCUAGCCACUUUCACUGUCCUUCCCCUCCUCAUUGCUCCUCUCAGCCUAUAAUUAUUAUUAUUAUUAUUAUUGUUAUUAUUAUUAUUAUUAUCAUUAUUUCACGAUGUCUGUCAUGGUUCUUCGUCAGGUGUAUGUGGGAGGGGCUCCUCAGCUGUUUAUGUACUGUCUCAGCCCAAACUGAACUUUUUGUGCGUGUCAACAUUUUCUCUCUGCUGGCCAUUCAGGACAACAUUUUCCAUCUGGCAGUACAGGCUUUGAUUGGACCACAGCUCGCCACGGCUGUGCCUGCUUUGUCAGUGCUGCUCGUUCGCUCUCCAGUGAGAACUUUGUACCCAGUAGUUUGGUUUUCAUCUGGCGGGGUCGAACAUGCGGCUCUGUGCGUUAUGUCCAGGGGUCGCACUCGAUGGGCAUGAAAAUUUUUUUUUGAAGUGGAGGCACUAUCUGAACUUACGACACACCCAGGUUCCAUUUCACUUCACGCUAUUGUGUUUUGUUUUUUGUCUGAUUGUUGACUCCUGCUUCUGUCAUAAAAUGUAUUUUAAUGGUCUUUGCCUUUUAGGUGCUUUUGCUAAAGAGUCCCGCAAUGUUUUUCAAAUUUUUUUUUUCUUUUAAGAAUUAACCAGGGGCUUGUUGGUUAUUUUUGCUUUUCCUCUGUACAAACGUUUUCAGGUUGGAUGUUGGAUAAAAGUUGUGAGGCUUGGACCAAUACUCCAAAGACAGAACAUCUGUUUCAUAUUUGCUGUAUUCUGAUCACUCUAAAAGCAAACUGCGAAGCUAAAACUGUCAUAUUUUAAGGGAAUUUGUAUUUCAUUAAUGUCAUUCGCUGUUUCUUUGACUGCUACUACUUUAGACCGAUUCAUUGGCCAUAUCUGAGGUACAGACUAUUACUCAGUCGACCAGACAAUUGUCUGCAUAAUGCUUCUGGGGUUGGCCGUCUCAUCUCUGUAUCUUCCUUGCAAAUGUAUCCUGAUGGGAGAACUGACUCUACAUGUGCUUUGAAGGGGAUUUGCCUCCAGUCUGAGCAGGGAUAUCCAACAAAAGUCAGUGUUUUUGUUAAGUGUUUUUGAAAAACCUUUGAUCGGCUUUGUCAGCUAUAGAGAUGAUUUCUGGUUUGCACAAGACAGAAGUUGCAGGUCGAUUGUUUAAAAAAAAAAAAUGCAGUUUUGAAAAUGGUAAAGAUGUCUGAAGUGGUGAUGAAUGUCUGCAACAUUUUGCGGUUAGGAGAAGGAUGCAUGCGGCUGGUUGCAUAUUGAAAAGGGCACGGAGGUCAACUGAUGGAGUUUGGGAGAUAAGUGUUCAGUACGAACAGGGCCCCGUUCUUUGUACAUGGAUAUAAAAGUUGGUUUGAUUUGUUGAGUCUGGGUCAUUCAAUCCUAAAGCUAAAGCUCAGAACCUGCAAAAGUGCAAGCUUCUUAAGGACGAGUUGGGUCAUUACCACAUGUUAGGUUAACCGAUUUGAUUUUAUUGGUUCAUUUUUGUCUCAUGAGGCUGCAGUGUUCUUCACAGGCAACAUUGAGCAUCACAACUGAUGAGGUUUUAAAUUCCUUUGUGUGGGAUUUAUGGUUAUCUGGAAAUUUAACAUUGUAAUAGUCAUUACUGGCAUAUAAUUAAAAUAUGGAUCAUGUUUUCUUACCUUAAACUGAAUGAUGUGCUUCUACUCCACCUGUGGCUCCUCCUCCAUGCAGUCCACCAUGAUGCACUGACAUGUUUCUCCCGAAAGGACAAAACAAACUGGCUCUGGGGUGAGCCUUUUAUGAUUUUAAUGUUUCCUCAAGGCCACGUGCUUGGCACAGUGAGGGGUAUUCGUCUGACUGCAGUCUGCCUCCUUGUCUAUGGAUGACACUAAAUCCUACACAUAGAACCUUUCAGUAGCUAUAUACAGUACAGAGCAAAAGCCAUUUUCAUUUUGGGAUUUUGUGAACCAGUGUUAUGUUGACAUUUGUAGUACUGUGGAUUAAAUAGUUGUCUUAAGGCAGCAAUUUUGGAGGUGUAACUGGAUGUGUGAAUUUCCCAUAUCCUGUCAUUUCUUAUAGUUCAGCCACACUAAGAGCAUCCAAACAGAUUAUAUAAGUGAAGUCUACAGCUGUAUAGUGCCAGUACCCAAUCGCUUUUUUUUUUUUCUUAAAUGAAUAAACAGCCUCCGCACAAGCCAAUCACAAGUAACAAUCAUGGUUUCAGUUCUCCGGUCACAAAAUAAGAGCACAGUCCCCAAGACAAACUUAUCUGCUUCUACUCGCCUCUGAAGAACCACGUUAGCUGGACAAACAUUUGUUUGAGCUGGCUGACGUUUAGGGGCAACACUCAAUGUACAAAGAACUGGGUCCAGGUUGUUGUCAUGUUAUUUGUUUCUCUACUGAUUUGUACAUUAUUUGUGGUCUUUUACUACUGUAUACAAUAAAUAUAGUUUGGUACUCAGA